UGAAUGCACCACAAAGCAAAGUCAAAAUAAGCCAACAAGUUAACCCGCCCGAAGAAGAGGAAUACAUUUUUGUUUCUGUUUUUGUUAUGUGCUUGUGUUUGUGUUGAUAUACUCGUACAUAUGUGAGUGUGUGAUCGAUUUCAAAAAAAACAAAGGAAUCCAACUAUAGAGUGACGCAAAUUUGUUCAGAUUUUUUUAACUGCCUGUCAAAAUGGGCCAAGAGGAUCAGGAAGUGCUAAUACGUGGCAGCAAGCAUGCGUCGGCGGAGCAUUUGCAAAACAAUGAGACUGGAGCCGAACAGAGUUGCAUCAAUCAGGGCUUCGGACUGAACAAAAACUACGGCACGCUGACCCCCGGUGGCGGCGAUGGCGAUGGCGGACACGGCUCUGCACAGCAGCUGGCCGAUAAUCUCACCUACUCUUGGUAUAAUCUGGACGUAUUUGGGGCCGUGCACCAGCCGGGCUCCACUUGGCGACAGCUAACGAAUCGCGUACGCGGAAUCUUUUGCAAUGAGCGACACAUACCCGUGCCCCGAAAACAUCUCUUGAAGAACGUUUGUGGCGUAGCUUAUCCGGGCGAGUUGCUCGCCGUUAUGGGCAGCUCCGGUGCUGGCAAGACGACGCUGCUUAAUGCGCUGGCAUUUCGCUCUCCACAGGGCGUGCAGGUCUCGCCCUCGACCAUGCGGCUCCUCAAUGGCCAACCGGUGGAUGCAAAGGAGAUGCAGGCACGCUGCGCCUAUGUGCAGCAAGACGACCUUUUCAUUGGUUCAUUGACGGCUCGGGAGCAUUUAAUCUUUCAGGCCAUGGUGCGCAUGCCGCGCCACAUGUCCUACAAGCAGCGCGUGGCCCGUGUCGACCAAGUUAUUCAGGAGUUAUCGCUGACAAAGUGCCAGCACACAAUUAUCGGUGUGCCUGGCCGUGUCAAGGGGCUGUCAGGUGGCGAGCGUAAGCGGCUGGCAUUCGCCUCAGAGGCGCUAACCGAUCCGCCGCUGCUCAUCUGCGACGAGCCCACCUCGGGCCUGGACUCGUUUACGGCACAUAGCGUAGUGCAGGUGCUGAAGAAGCUCUCGCAGAAGGGCAAAACCGUCAUCCUGACAAUACAUCAGCCUUCGUCGGAGCUCUUCGAGCUCUUCGACAAGAUACUCCUGAUGGCCGAAGGUCGCGUCUCAUUUCUGGGCACGCCCAACGAGGCCGUGGACUUCUUCUCCUAUGUGGGUGCUCAGUGCCCAACGAAUUACAAUCCAGCGGAUUUCUAUGUCCAGGUGCUUGCCGUCGUCCCGGGACGUGAAACGGAAUCACGAGAGCGCAUCGCCAAAAUCUGCGACAACUUUGCGGUUAGCAAGGUUGCUCGUGAGAUGGAGCAACUACUGGCAUCCAAGGUGCAGACACAGCCACUGGAGCAGCCCGAGAAUGGCUAUACAUAUAAGGCCACUUGGUUUAUGCAAUUUCGUGCCGUCCUCUGGCGCUCCUGGCUGUCGGUUCUCAAGGAGCCGCUGCUUGUGAAAGUCAGACUCAUACAAACGACGAUGGUUGCCAUACUUAUUGGUCUCAUCUUUCUUGGACAACAGCUGACCCAGGUGGGCGUGAUGAACAUCAAUGGCGCCAUCUUCCUGUUUCUCACUAACAUGACCUUUCAGAAUGUUUUCGCGACCAUCAAUGUCUUCACCUCGGAGCUACCGGUCUUUAUGCGUGAGGCGCGAAGUCGUCUCUAUCGCUGCGACACCUAUUUUCUUGGUAAGACCAUUGCGGAGCUGCCACUCUUCUUAACCGUGCCGCUGAUCUUUACUGCCAUUGCCUAUCCAAUGAUUGGACUGCGAGCCGGCGUCAUGCAUUUCUUCAACUGUCUUGCUCUGGUCACACUGGUGGCCAAUGUAUCCACCUCAUUUGGCUAUUUGAUUUCCUGCGCCAGUUCCUCCACCUCCAUGGCGCUGUCAGUGGGCCCCCCGGUCAUCAUACCCUUCUUGCUUUUUGGCGGUUUCUUUUUAAACUCCGGAUCCGUACCUAUCUACUUGAAGUGGCUAUCGUAUUUGUCCUGGUUUCGAUAUGCCAACGAAGGUCUGCUCAUCAAUCAGUGGGCUGACGUGGAGGCAGGCGAGAUAACAUGCACGUCCUCGAACACCACGUGUCCCAGUUCGGGCAAAGUCAUACUGGAGACACUGAACUUCUCAGCCGCCGACCUGCCGCUGGACUAUAUAGGCCUAGCGCUACUAAUUGUCGGCUUUCGUGGCUUUGCCUAUUUGGCGUUACGUCUGCGGGCCCGCCGCAAAGAGUAAUACAAGUACACACAUACACACAUGCACUUCUGGGAUGACACUUAGUUAAUUUUUUUGUAAAUUAUCCAUAGACCACAAAACGUUAUGAAAAGCUGCAUUUAUUGUUACUUACUAUAUAUUUAAUAAAUAUCUCGCUUUUUUUUACCAAA